AUGGCAACAGUUAUGGACAGGAAGACCAAUUUUGUGGUGGUCCUUGUGCAUUGCUAUCUUUCCUUCGCUACUAUCAUAUGCAUGUUUACAUAUGCUCGUGGAAAUACAAAUGUGCUUUGCAGAGAAAGAGAAAGAGAAGCCCUCCUCACCUUCAAACAAGGUAUCAUAGACCGUUCGAACCAGCUCUCAUCUUGGAUUGGCCACGAGUGUUGUGUGUGGAAAGGAAUUGGUUGUGACAACAUAACUGGGCAUGUCAUCCAUCUAAAUCUUAGAAAUCCAUAUGAUAGUGGUACUGCACCUGAAGCUUUUAGCCAGUCACAGUUGGGUGGGGUGAUAAGUGAUUCUCUCUUGGAAUUAAAGCAUCUUCGCUAUCUGGACCUAAGUGAGAAUCAUUUUGCAGAUUCCCAUAUUCCAAGCUUCUUUGGUUACCUUGGGAAUUUAAGAUAUCUAAGUUUAUCUUGUGCGGGUUUCGUGGGUACAAUUCCUCAUCAGCUGGCAAAUCUCUCCAACUUGCAUUAUCUUGGCAUUCAAGGUUCCCUCCUGCACGUUGAUAACCUUGAAUGGUUAUCUCAUCUUUCUUUGUUGGAAUUCCUCGACAUGAGUUUCGUCAAUCUUAGUAAAGCAUCUAACUGGUUACAGGUGAUGAACUUGCUCCCUUCUCUAUCACAAUUACUCUUGUCUAGUUGUGAACUUGAUAAGUAUGAUCCUAUUCCUUAUGUUAAUUUUUCAUCUCUCUCUGUGCUUGAUCUUUCAGUCAAUUACAACCUCUCUUCCACAAUACUUAACUUGUUAUGCAAUAUAAGUACUCUUGAAAGACUUGAGUUUGCAUAUAAUAACAUUCAAGGUGUACUUCCUAGUGCCAUUGGAUCCCUUUCCCAACUGAUAUCUCUUGACCUGUCAAACAAUGGCCUUGAAGGAAAAUUACCAAGAUCCUUGGGAAAUUUGUGUAAUCUGCAAAAUUUGGAUUUAUCUCACAACAAACUUGGGGGAGGCGUGUAUGAACUCUUGGGAAAUUCUUCCCUUUCCCAACUGAUAUAUCUUGACCUGUCAAACAAUGGCCUUGAAGGAAAAUUGCCAAGAUCCUUGGGAAAUUUGUGUAAUCUGCAACAUUUGGAUUUAUCUCACAACAAACUUGGGGGAGGUGUUAUCCCUUCUUGGUUUUGGAGCCUCUGUUCCCAAUUUCUUGUUCUGGAUCUUUCUCAUAACCAAAUUCGUGGCAGUAUUCCAAGUUUAUCUUGUAGAGGAUCAAUCUUUCUUGGUUCACAGGACCCAUUCCGCGAUGCUUUGAAUGAUAUAAUGAGAGAUCUGUAUUUUCUUGAUCUUUCAAAAAAUCUUUUGUCUGGAGAAGUUCCUGACUGUUGGAUGAACUAUUCUCUAUUAAUGGUGUUAAACUUGGGGAGCAAUAAUCUAACAGGAAAUAUACCGAGUUCCUUGGGUUCUCUCUCUAUGCUUGAGUUUCUAACCUUGAACAAAAACAAUCUGUUUGGACAUUUGCCAUUGUCCCUACAAAAUUGCACACUCCUAAAGAUUGUAGAUCUAAGAGAGAAUCAUUUGUCUGGUAGCUUGUCCAUUUGGUCGGGAAAUAGUUCAGCCAAUCUGAGGGUUCUCGUGCUUCGCUCAAACAAGUUUUAUGGCAGUAUCCCUCAUGAGUUCUGUCACCUUAAAUCGCUUCAAAUCAUGGAUCUGGCACAAAACAAAUUCACAGGACCCAUUCCGCGAUGCUUUGGUAAUUUGAGCGCCAUGGUGGGACAAAACCCUGAUAUUAUCGAUAAGGGCAAUUUUUCCUUAAAAGAGGCACUAUAUGGAGAACCAGUAUUGUUGGUAACAAAGGGAAUAGAGUAUGAGUAUAGAGAGACACUUGCUCUCGUCACAAGCAUGGACCUCUCGAGAAACAAUUUGAUUGGAGAAAUCCCCGAUGAACUCACAAGUCUUUCCGGCCUACGAUUUUUGAACUUGUCCAAUAAUCAACUUCAUGGAAAGAUUCCUGAGAAGAUCAAUGCCAUGAUAUCAUUGGAGUCUCUCGAUGUCUCGAUGAAUCAACUCACAGGUGCAAUACCUCAAAGUAUGGCAAGUUUAACAUGCUUGAAUCAUCUAAACUUAUCAUACAACAACUUCUCUGGUAGAAUUCCCUCCAGCACACAGCUUCAGAGCUUUAGUGCACUCUGUUUCAUUGGGAACGACCAUGAUCUUUGUGGACCUCCACUUACUUCUAGCUGCGUUGGAGAUGGCCCAUCCCUUGAGACAACACCAAAUGUUGACGAUGAAGGCAGAGAGGACAGUGGCUGGAUCGACUUGAAGUGGUUUUAUAUGAGCAUGCCAUUUGGAUUUGUAGUGGGGUUUUGGGGUGUAUUUGGUCCAUUAGCAUUCAACAAGGCUUGGAGAUGGGCUUUCUUUAAGUUUUUGGAUGACAUGAAGAAUAAAUUCUUCAACGGUGUUCGAAAGAGUGAAAAAACGCAAGACCAUGCGCUCGAAUGCUUUAUUGUUAUGCUUAUUGAAUCAUGA